AUGAGCUACACGUUGGACUCGUUGGGCAACCCGUCCGCCUACCGGCGGGUCACCGAAACCCGCUCCAGCUUCAGUCGCCUGAGCGGCUCCCCGUCCAGCGGCUUCCGCUCGCAGUCGUGGUCCCGCGGCUCACCAAGCACCGUGUCCUCCUCGUACAAGCGCAGCGCGCUUGCCCCGCGCCUCGCCUACAGCUCGGCCAUGCUCAGCUCGGCCGAGAGCAGCCUCGACUUCAGCCAGUCCUCGUCCCUGCUCAACGGCGGCUCCGGACCCAGCGGCGACUUCAAGCUGGCCCGCUCCAACGAGAAGGAGCAGUUGCAGGGGCUGAACGACCGCUUCGCGGGCUACAUCGAGAAGGUGCACUACUUAGAACAACAGAACAAGGAAAUAGAGGCAGAGAUCCAUGCACUGCGGCAAAAGCAGGCCUCGCACGCCCAACUGGGCGACGCCUACGACCAGGAGAUCCGAGAGCUAAGGGCCACGCUCGAGAUGGUGAACCACGAGAAGGCGCAGGUACAGCUGGACUCCGACCACCUGGAGGAAGACAUCCACCGGCUCAAGGAGCGCUUCGAGGAGGAGGCGCGCCUGCGCGACGACACCGAGGCGGCCAUCCGCGCGCUGCGCAAAGACAUCGAGGAGUCGUCGCUGGUCAAGGUAGAGCUAGACAAGAAGGUUCAGUCCCUGCAGGAUGAGGUGGCCUUCCUGCGGAGCAAUCACGAAGAGGAGGUGGCCGACCUGCUGGCUCAGAUCCAGGCGUCGCACAUCACCGUGGAGCGCAAAGACUACCUGAAGACAGACAUCUCAUCAGCGCUCAAGGAGAUCCGCUCCCAACUUGAGUGCCACUCAGAUCAGAACAUGCACCAGGCGGAAGAAUGGUUUAAGUGCCGCUACGCCAAGCUCACCGAGGCGGCGGAGCAGAACAAGGAGGCCAUCCGUUCUGCCAAGGAGGAGAUCGCUGAGUACCGGCGUCAGCUACAGUCCAAGAGCAUUGAGCUCGAGUCGGUGCGCGGCACCAAGGAGUCGCUGGAGAGGCAGCUCAGCGACAUCGAGGAGCGCCACAACCACGACCUCAGCAGCUACCAGGAUACCAUCCAGCAAUUGGAAAAUGAGCUUCGGGGCACAAAGUGGGAAAUGGCUCGUCAUUUGCGAGAGUACCAGGAUCUCCUCAAUGUCAAGAUGGCUCUGGAUAUCGAGAUCGCUGCAUACAGAAAACUCCUGGAGGGUGAAGAGACAAGAUUUAGUACAUUUUCCGGCAGCAUUACGGGCCCUCUGUAUACACACCGACAGCCUUCAGUCACAAUCUCUAGUAAGAUUCAGAAAACCAAAGUAGAGGCUCCCAAGCUAAAGGUCCAACACAAAUUCGUUGAGGAGAUCAUAGAGGAAACCAAAGUGGAGGAUGAGAAGUCUGAAAUGGAAGACGCCUUGACAGCCAUUGCAGAAGAAUUAGCCGUUUCCAUGAAAGAGGAGGCGAAGGAGGAAGAGGAAGAGGCAGAAAAGGAAGAGGAACAAGAAGCCGAGGAAGAAGCUGUAGAGACCAAAAAGUCCCCCGUGAAAGCUACCGCUCCAGAAAUCGCAGGAGAGGAAGAAGGCAAAAAGGAGGAGGAGGAAGAAGAAGGACAAGAGGAGGAGGAAGAAGAAGAUGAAGGGGCCAAGUCAGACCAAGCUGAAGAAGGAGGCUCUGAAAAGGAAGGGUCCAGUGAAAAGGAGGAAGGCGAGCAGGAGGAAGGAGAAACAGAGGCUGAAGGUGAAGGAGAGGAGGAUGCAGCUAAAGAAGAAAAGAAACCCGAGGAAAAGGGUGAAGAAGUGGCCGCCAAAGAGGAACUGGUUCCAGAAGGCAAGGUGGCCAAGCCAGAGAAAGCCAAAUCGCCGGUGCCCAAAUCUCCCGUGGAAGAGGUGAAACCCAAAGCAGAAGCUGAAGCUGCAGCUGGAAAAGGUGAGCAGAAAGAGGAAGAAGUGAAAGCGAAGGAAGAAAAGAAAGAAGCAAAGGAAUCUCCCAAGGAAGAGAAAGUAGAGAAAAAAGAGGAGAAACCCAAAGAAGUGCCCGAGAAGAAGAAGGCUGAGUCCCCAGUAAAGGAGGACGCUGUGGAGGAGGUGGUCACGGUGACCAAAUCCGUCAAGGUGAGCUUGGAGAAAGACACCAAAGAGAAGGUGGAGCCCAAGGAGAAGGGCAAAGUGGAAGAGGAAGGUGGGAGCGAGGAGGAAGGGAGUGACAAGGGGUCCAAGGAAUCCACCAAGGAAGACAUAGCUAUCAAUGGGGAGGUGGAAGGAAAAGGCGAGGAGGAGCAGGAGACCAAGGAGAAGGGCAGCGGGAGAGACGAGGAGAAAGGGGUGGUCACCAAUGGCUUAGACUUGAGCCCGGCUGACGAGAAGAAGGGGGGUGAGGAGAAAGUGGUGGUGACCAAAAAGGUGGAAACAGUCACCAGUGAGGGAGGAGAUGGUGCUACCAAAUACAUCACAAAGUCUGUAACCGUCACCCAAAAGGUGGAAGAGCAUGAAGAGACCUUCGAGGAGAAACUAGUGUCCACUAAGAAGGUAGAGAAGGUCACCUCACACGCCAUAGUAAAGGAAGUCACCCAGAGUGACUAA